AUGGCUUCCUACACCUACAAAGAGCUUUACGGCGGCGCAAUCAACGCCGUUAUCCCAGAAGGCUGGCUAGACGCAAGCGACCUCCGCCAAAUACCCAACCACCAAGAACUCUUUCUGUCCCCGACAACCCUCUCUAAUCUCAUCAUUGAGAUCAACGAACGCGUCUCGGAAGAGACCGCCCUCUCUUCUCUACAAUCGAACCCGAACCCCGACAUCCUAGGCCCGAACCCCGCGGCGAGCCCAGAGACAAUUGACAAAGCAGCAGCCUUAUACCAUCUAAACGACAUACGCGACGCCGAUGCCGAUAUACUCCGCAUCGUGACUCCGCCCCAACCUGUAUCCCUGGCGAAGCUGCCUCGCGCAAAGGCAUACAAGGGUCUCGUCGUGAUGACUACGCUGGGAAGGGUUUGCCCUGGAGUCCCAGCAUCAUCCAUUGGCGGUGCGGCGGCGGGGUCGAGUGUUGAUGGGGCGCUAGGAUCCAGCACCAGCGUGCACUAUUUGCUUGUCAGGCUUGAAGAUCAGGAAACGGACAUCUUGAUUUUCUUCAAUGUGCCGCAUAAAGAAUUUCAUGAAAAGGGGGAACCGAGGGGACUGGCGAAGGAGGAGGAAUUGGCGAGUGAGACUGUUAAUGGCUUGAUAAGGCAGUUGGAAAUUGUGGACUGGGGUUUAUUUGGCGGCUGA